AUGGAGGCUAAAGACUUGAUUAAAAGUCUCAAGGCAGAACUCACUUGCUCCAUCUGUCUGGGCUACUUCACAGACCCGGUGACUGCCCUCAAAUGUGGGCAUACUUUUUGCAAAGACUGUCUCCUCCAGUGCGAUGAGCAAGCUGAUGCUACACUAACUUGUCCUGAGUGCAGAGCUGUCAUUAGGUACAGUGACAUUGUGCCCAACGAGAACCUGCAGAAUUUGUCCAUCACUGGCAAAACUCUGAGACAGCAUUUACUGCUGAGCCCGGCACUUCUGACCACCUGUGAUCAACAUGGAGAAAAAGAAAAGCUCUUUUGUGAGCAAGACCAAAAACUAAUUUGUGAUUCCUGCUUAUUAACCCAAGAGCACAAGGAUCACCAAGACCUUCCUUUGCAAAUGGCUGCUGACAAGUGCAAGAAGAAACUCCAGGAGACACUGAAUGUGUUACAGGAAAAGGAGGAGGAAUUGAAAGCGGAAAUCAAUGAUAUAGUAAAAGAAGAGAAAUAUUUUAAGAAGGAUUCAGACUUUUAUAAAGAGCUAAUUAAAUGUGAAUACAGAAAAAUGCACGAGAUCUUAUACAAUGAAGAAAAUAGACACCUGCAAAAACUGGACCAGGAAAUAGAAGACAAACUGGCAAAAGUCGAAGCAAAUAAGGCCAAACUAUCCCAACAAAUUCAACACGUGCAACAAAAGAUACUAGAAAUAGAGGAGAGUUUGGAUGAGGCACCCUUGGAAAUGCUCCAGGAUAUGAAAGGCAUCCUGGAAAGGAAUGAGGAGCUGCAGCUUCAAGAUACAGAGACUGAAAAGCUCACUUAUACAACUUACCAGAUGACUGGUUUAAUAGAAAUUCUUAGGAGCUAUCAAACAGGUAUCACAGUGGAUCCUGAAACAGACAGACUUCAUCUUAUUGUGCCUGAACAUUUUAAGAGUUUAAAGUAUAGGCUUGACCCUCGCAACCAGCCUGACAACGAAGAAAGACUUGACUAUUUUGUUAUUAUGUUGGGGACUGAGACCUUUACCAGUGGCAAACACUACUGGGAAGCAGAUGUGGAAGCGGAUAUCAUACUGGGUCCUGAAACAGACAGUUUUCAUCUUAUUGUACCUGAAGAUUUUAAGCAUUUAAAGUAUGGACAUGACUCACAAGACCAGCCUGACAAUCAAGAAAGGUUUGAUUAUUCUGUUACUAUGUUGGGAGCUCAGACCUCUUUGACAGUGGGACACACUACUGGAAAGUAA